UACGUCCACGCCUGAAGACAUGGUGCUUCGCUGGCUGAUUGUGGACGUCGCCGCGGCCGAAUGCGGCGCUGUGCGAACACCGCGGUCACCUCUGCUCCUGACCGCGCAGUAGCUCCUCCAAAGCCGCUGAGAGCAUGCAGACUGCCGAGCGCUCUGUGUGAAGGUUAAACAGGGCGGAUCACUGCUGUCAGCCUCUCAUAAACCCUUAUUGUCUGCGUUGGAUAGCCUCGCUUCUUUACCAAAGAAAAGAAAAAAACUGAAAAUCUGCGGAUAUUUCCGAGGAUGGAGCGGAAUGGGAAUACAUGUGAGGAUGACUCUCUGUGUGCUGAGGAGGAGGAAGAAGUGGAUCCAAGAAUCCAGGGAGAACUGGAGAAGCUGAACCAGUCCACAGAUGACAUCAACCGCUUGGAGAGCGAGCUGGAGGACUUCCGCCAGAGGUUUCGAGCAGUGCUGGUAGAAGCAUCAGUGAAGCUGGACGAACUGAUGAAGAAAAUUGGACGAGCUGUGGACGACUCCAAACCUUACUGGGAGGCCCGCAAAGUGGCAAGACGGGCCCAGAUUGAAGCCCAAAAAGCCACCCAAGAAUUCCAGCGGGCGGUGGAGAUCUUGCGGGCAGCCAAGGAGACCAUCGCCCUGGCUGAGGAGAAGCUUCUGGAGGAGGACACCCGUCAGUUUGACUCUGCCUGGCAGGAAAUGCUCAACCAUGCCACCCAGAGAGUGAUGGAGGCGGAGCAAGCAAGAACGCGGAGUGAAGCCGAACACAAAAAAACAGCGGUCAACUACAAUUCCAGCAUCGGGCACAUGAAGCAGCUAGAGAAGAAGCUAAAGCGCUCCAUAAACAAAUCCAGACCCUAUUUUGAACUGAAAGCCAAAUAUUAUCUACAGCUUGAGCAACUGAAGCAUCAUGUGGACGAACGUCAGACCAAGCUUGUGGUUGCCAAAUCCGAGUACCGCACAGCGUUAUGCAACCUAGAGAGCAUUUCGGAAGAAAUCCAUGCUCACCGGCGCUCCCAUGCUAUGGGAACCAGGGAGCAAGGCGUGGGUGCAGAGGUGGACGAAUGUCAUGAUGACAUCGCCAACUUCAAGAUGGAGUCAGACGGUCUGUCAAUGGUGUCAGUUUCAGUUGACGAAGCAGGCAGUCAAAGCUCAGAGGAGGAGGAAGACACCCACACCACCUCCUCAUGCCGAACGAUGCCCUCCUCACCUUCCUCACCAUGCUCCCAUCCUUCCACCUCUGCCUCCACCCUCAUGAGCAUGCCCUGCUCCUCUGGCUACACCCCCUGCUCCUUCCUCUCAACUUCUUUUUCCUCCUCCAUCCUCUCCUCCUCUUGUCCUGAAGGUCUGGAGUCAGAGGGCCUCUGCAGCUCUCAUGACCCAGACCUGAUGUACAGUUCUGGUCAUGUCUCACCUCUCCUGGGCCCUCGCAGCCAGUGCAGUGGAGCUUCUUCUCCAGACUGCGAUCAGGAGAGAGGCGACAGAGCAGAAGGAGCCGAGGCGUCAUUAGAAGGCGGCCUCAGCAGGCUGACCUUGACUGGUUCUCAAAACCCCGGAGACUCUGAGGAUGAGCAGGAUCCACAUUACAUCAACCCUGAAAUUUCCUCUCCCAGCUCUGCCACGUCCAUUCUGCUUCUGAACAGUGUCCAAUAAAUCUGCAUCACACCUGAAAACUCUGACUGCGUCCGCUUCAAGCUCCAACCUGGACUUAUUGACAGAGCAGGAUGAUGAAGUGUGACCGAAAGUAACAGCAAGACGUGAAGCUGCUCUCCUGCAUGACUCCCCGUCUCAGUGUUGUGUAAACAUCAGUGUUGUCACAUGGAAGCUGGUGUGUUUAACAUCAUUAUACCCUUGUUUAAUGAAUUCUCAAGCUAUAUGGACAUGAUAAAUGAUAGAGGGUGGAAAACAGACAGUAUUUGGAUCUCUGUGGUAUUAGUGCUGGUAUUAAUCAAAGGGCAUUCAUGAUUUUUAACUGAAACUCCAACGGUUUCCUGAAACAAUACUGUUGGACUGAUUUUCUUUGGUUUGCUUUUGCAAAGAGACCUUCUUCCUCGACCGGUGUGCCAUAACACCUCUUGAUGUUUUACCAGAGUGACAGAUUUCCUUUUAAAGCUGCUAAAGCUAUGCAGUGAUGUGUCCAAGUAAAUACAGCCAUCGUCAGUUAAUGCAAACGCUUGAAAGAGCAGACAUUUCCACAUGAGGAACCAAAUGGGACAGAAUCAAGCUGUAUUUUUUUUGGGGGCUCAACAUUGUCACUCCAGCCACUCUGAAAAGCAAAUAAGGCGCCGAUUUUGGAGAAAUGUGAAGGAAGGACCCAGAAGUAACUCUGAGCACUAAACAGACUUAGAGCUUGACCUAACCCUUUAGCUACAUAAACGUCUUCCAUUGGGCCUUGUGAAAGAGUGAGUGAAUGUGUCACUGAGGGCAAAGUUCAGAGAGCAUUCUGAGGUUUCUCUGUGUGGCUGAGUGAAUGAUUUUGUGCUUUGGACAGUUGUUCAGCUAUUACCCUGUUGUAGAGAUAUUCUAUAUUUAUACUCCUGUAUUCUUGUAUAUGAAACAUGUUUUGUGGUUACUGUUGUAAUUGUUUAGUACAAGAUAAGCAUUAAAUGUGGGCUUCAUGUAA